AUGUGCAGGCAAACGACUCGCGAGGUUAGGCCUCAUGAAAGAGCUGAAAUCGGACAGCGAUCAGGGGUGUUGUGGUGUCGCCGCGAGGGACGCAAGUAGUCAGCCCGGCGGACCGCGAGUUCGUCCUUCAGAAUGGUAUCGCAGUCCUGGGCAAGACUGGAUGAUGUUCCGUUUGGCAAAAUUGCGAACCCAUACGAGCGACUGCUGCCCUACCUCGUUGCGGCGAACCCUGUCAACUAUGGGAAGCCUUGGCGAUUGAACUGCGUUGAAGCCAUAGCGGCUGCCUUCUAUCUGACCGGCUUCAAGGAAUAUGCAGAUCACCUUCUGAGCAAGUUUGGCUGGGGCGAGGCGUUCUGGAAGAUCAACCAGGUAUAUCUAGAACAGUACUGUCAAUGCACCGACGCCGCCGAUGUCACCGCGACACAAGAACGCAUUAUGCAGGAGCUAGAACAGAGCUAUCAGCAUUCACGAGAAGAAAGUGCAGCUGGUGAGUAUUGGCUGUGCUUCUCGGUCAGCGUCUGACAUUUCGUGCAGGAUAUGGAGGUGAUCUUCUCGUUGACUCGUUGAGAAUCCAAACCAUUAAUCGUUGUGCAUCGUCGCAUAUGCCUCUGUACAACAUAUUGAAGCAUUCUGGCGCCAGUGUCGUACCCAUACUUCCUCCUCAUCACCGUUUUGACGCGUACCCAGGCAA